GAACCAAUUGGGUGCAUCUUUGACAGAAAGUUGUGCUGUCAACAACUUCAGUCAGACAAGUUGGCAAAGACAUGGAGGACAAAAGUAAAAGAUGAAAAUGGAGCACACAAGUCUCCUCUUCUCAAAGAAAAGUUUUGUGCGAGUUUUAAAUUCAUUUUUCUCUGAUUCCAGAAGAUUGAAUUUUCUUGGCAUGGUGGUCUUUUUGGCAACUUGGUGUUGAAAUUUUCAUCUUUUCAUAUUAUCGAAUUGGGUAGCUGCCUAGCUGGUUAUGGUCUCUUUUGCCUCAUCUUGAUUGCUUCCUUCUGUUUCAGCCAGAUGCUUCACAGUGUCUACAGUUCCCAUUUCUUUCAUUAUACGUGGAUUCAUCUACAUGCACAAUAGCCUUCCACUGAAAUAUAAACAUCUUCCAUUUCAGCAUACAAAUGAAAAGAACACACGCAUCCCAGUAACUUCAAAGGGAUUUCAAUUGUGAGCAUCACUGUAGAGGACACAAAUUUUAUGGUAAACAGAAACUUGGUCGGAAACUGUGUGCAUUAAAAGUGAUCCAUGUCUUUAGUUCGAUCUGGAGAUCAUUCUUCCACAUCAUAUGGAAAUCACAAGCUCUACUCACUAGAAGAAAGCAGCAACAGCUCUGGCUUGUCCACUCCAGUAUUCAACUCUGAUAAGCAUAGGACCAUGUAUGCGACUGGAUCUUAUAGCGGUGAGAGUUAUGAUUUGAAAUACUUCCUCGACUCCCCAGCAGAAGAACUUAUACACCCACCUAGAUCUAAUGAACCAGGGAAUCAAUUCCACCACCAAGUUGCCUCUUGUUACCAGCUAAUGCCUGCUCAAAACUCAUUUAACUCCCCAUUUGCGACCAAAAGACAUCACAAUCCCUGUCAGACCAAUUUUGAUUUGGAAUACUUGGAAAGUCCAAGUCCAGAUACACUAGACUACGAUGAGGAUAAGAUGAGAUUAAAGCUUCAAGAACUGGAGAGUGCGCUACUUAGCAAUAACGAUGGUGAUGACGACAUUUUUAGCCCUAAUGAGAGCAUGGACAUGGAUGGUGAAUGGACUGAGCCAAUCCAUCAUGUAAUGCUCCAUGACUCGCCCAAGGAGUCUUCAUCUUCGGUUUCCAAUGGUAGUAGCAUCAGCAGCAAUAAAGAAAUAUCAUUAACCACUGCUCGGACUCCCAAGCAGAUGCUCUUUGAUUGUGCUGCUGGAAUUUCAGAUGGACACAUUGAGGAAGCAUCCACAAUGAUAAACGAACUCCGGCAAAGGGUGUCAAUCCAAGGAGAUCCUCCCCAGAGGAUUGCAGCGUAUAUGGUGGAAGCACUUGCAGCUCGAAUGGCUACCUCUGGGAAAGGUCUUUAUAAAGCUCUGAAAUGCAAAGAGCCCCCCUCUAACGAUCGACUGUCAGCCAUGCAGGUUCUUUUUGAGGUUUGUCCAUGUUUUAGGUUUGGAUUUAUGGCAGCAAAUGGUGCUAUCAUGGAGGUAUUUAAGGAUGAAAAGAUAGUUCAUAUAAUAGAUUUUGAUAUAAGCCAAGGAAGUCAAUAUAUAACACUAAUACAAACACUUGGUACUAGGCCUGGUAAGCUACCGCACUUGAGGUUAACUGGGGUUGAUGACCCUGAAUCAGUUCAACGUCCCAUUGGAGGCCUAAAAAUGAUUGGGCAAAGGCUUGAGAAACUGGCUGAACAAUAUGAAAUUUCAUUUGAGUUCCGGGCAGUGGCCUCAAAAACUUCAAUAGUCACCCCAGCAAUACUGAACUGUCAACCUGGGGAAGCGCUAGUGGUGAAUUUUGCUUUCCAGCUUCAUCACAUGCCCGAUGAGAGCGUUUCAACGGUGAACCAGCGAGACCAGCUUCUGCGGAUGGUCAAGAGCUUGAACCCGAAACUUGUAACAAUUGUUGAACAAGAUGUGAAUACUAAUACUGCCCCAUUUUUACCUAGGUUUGUUGAAGCCUACAAUUACUAUUCAGCCGUGUUUGAGUCUCUGGAUGCGACUCUUCCAAGGGAUAGCCAGGAGAGGCUGAAUGUUGAAAGGCAGUGUCUGGCACGAGACAUAGUGAACAUUGUUGCCUGUGAGGGAGAAGAAAGAAUAGAGCGCUAUGAAGUUGCUGGGAAAUGGAGAGCAAGGAUGAUGAUGGCCGGAUUCACUUCAUGUCCGAUUAGUCCAAAUGUGAAUGAUGCAAUUAAAAAACUUAUAAAGCAGUACUGUGACAGGUACAAGGUGAAUGAGGAAAUGGGCGCGCUACAUUUUGGAUGGGAAGACAAAGUCUUGAUUGUUGCUUCGGCUUGGAGGUAAAAGUUACUAUUUGGUUACCGGAAUUGUUGCAGCGUCUGGCUUAUCUUAAUGUUGUUUGUCUUUGAUCAUACAUUUUGUUUUCGAUAAGAAUGUGACUACAUAUAAAUCUAAGUUGAAAAUAAAAACUUAUCUAGUUUCUGUACUAAAUUAGGUUCUAAAAGAGUAUUAGGUUGCAGCGAAUUCCUUACAAUUCAUUAAAUACUCCACUCUUUUAACACCCUUGUUUGUAUGACUUUGGUUUUUACUGCUUUGGAUCAGUUCAAGGUUGCUUCCUUGCUACCAACUAA